AUGUCUCGACGACCGCCCAACCCCUCCGCCGAGCGCGCAGCGCAGAACCAGGCCACCAUCAAGAGCCUGCUCAAGCUUGAGCCCAACAAGGUCUGCGCCGACUGCAAGAAGAACAAGCACCCGCGAUGGGCCAGCUGGAACCUCGGCGUAUUUGUCUGCAUCCGCUGCUCCGGCAUCCACCGCGGCAUGGGUACACACAUCUCGCGCGUCAAAUCCGUCGACCUCGACUCGUGGACCGACGAGCAGAUGAAGAGCAUCCUCAGCUGGGGCAACGCGCGCGCCAACAAGUACUGGGAGGCCAAGCUCGCCCCGGGCCACGUCCCCUCCGAGUCCAAGAUUGAGAACUUUAUCCGCACAAAGUACGAGCUGAAGCGAUGGGCCAUGGAAGGGCCGCCACCAGACCCCUCCACCCUCGAUGCCGAUGGCGAUGACGACGUGCCGUUGAGCGUCGUCAAGGAGAAGCAGGCCAUUGAGAAGAGCCAGUCCGUGCGGAAGCCAUCAGCUGGGCAGGGCGUUUCUCUCAGAGGCCCGUCGCAGCCUACGGGCGACUUGUUGGGCGGCGACAGCAGCGGUCCUCCUCGCGCUAGCACCGCGGGCCCGGCUGCGGGCAACAGACUGCCACCCAAGGCGGACCCGGCGCCUCCAAAGCAAACACCGCAAUCGAACUCUUCCCUCCUCGGCCUCGACUUCUUGGGCGAGUCGACCGCACCGCCCCGACCUGCGAGCACUACUGGCGUCAGUACCCCCGGCGGUCAGUCGCGACCAGAUCUGAAGCAAUCCAUCCUGUCGCUCUAUGCUUCGGCGCCCAAGCCCCAGGCUCCUCCGCAAUCCCAGCAUCAGCAACAAGGUUCUUUUGGUGGCAUGUCUUCGCCUGGCUUUAGCCCGGCCCCUCAGAGCUCCGCGGGUGGAUUCACCGACGCUUUCAGCAACUUGAGCAUGUCCAGUACCGCAAGCCAUCAGCCUCCCCCAGCCCCUGCCGACCCCUUCGCGAGCUUCGGUGCCAGCACCAGCCGACCUACAUCCAAGGCCCCUCCCACCGCGAACGCAUUCGGCGGUCUGGGAGGCGGCAGCUUCUUCGACGCAAAGCCUCAGUCCCCCCCUGCUCACCAGAAGAAGCCGUCCAACAGUGGUUUCGGAGACUGGGGCUCUUUCGCCUCGCCUGCCGCUCCAGCAGCGGCGCCCGCCAAACCCGCCGCUUCCCAAGACCUGUUCGACAUGUCCGCCCCUGUCACACAGACCAGAUCCCCGCCCCCUCCAGCCAUGUCCCCCCCUGUGACGCAGAGCUCCGUCUUCAACCUUUCACAGCCUGCACCCGCUCCACCCAAGCAGUCCCCGCCCAAGGCUGCAGCCGCACCUGCCUUUGGUGGCCUGUCUGGCGCCGAUGUCUGGGGGAGCAACGAAUGGGCCAGCUCCUCGCCUGCCCCAGCUGUCAUGACGCCAGCUGCGCCCGCCGCGCCCGCUGCUCCCAGCAACCCCCCUGCUCUCGCGGCAUCCAGCGACCUAGGAUGGGGCAACGCUGGCGGAUCCUUUGCCAGUACCCCCAUCGUGCCCGGUACUUCGGGUGGGUUCAGCGCUGCGCCCAAGGUCGCUGCGGAUGAGGAGUUCGGCGGCUGGGCUAGCAGCACCGGUGCGUCGACCACGAGCAACACCAACAACAGCAGCAGUGCCGGCAAAGGCUUCGGCGGGGAGGAGGACCUCUUCUCGAACGUCUGGCAGUAG